AUAAGUUCUGGUAUCACGAAGCCAUGCCGUACUUGUGGAAAGACCUCAUUCCCUACGGCCGCUACCACAACCUGGAACACUUUUUGGGCCCCAUUGCUCCGUCGCGAAGGCAGUUUUAUGCGGGGUUUAUCGAGAAUGCCACCGCGAGUAGUUGCUAUGACGCUGAUGAGGAUGAUCACUCGCCGCUGAAAGGGACCAUCUUUCCUCGCCUGACUUCUCUUACUCUCUGUGUUGAUCUGAUCGGCUAUUACGUCCCUAGGAUUCAGGCGUCCCGGCUCAGAAUCCUGGACAUUGAUCCUCGGCACGAGCCGACGAAGCCGGUGAUUGUCUUGGGUGCUGAGAUGAUGGAGGAGGUGAUGGAGCAGAUUCCGGAUAUCUUCCCUGAUGUGGAGGAGUUGAGGUUUAUUGACACGGCGGAUCUUACCCAUGACAUUGCGAGAAUGCUGCGAGAGCGGCUGCCAAAGCUCAAGGUGUUGGAUCUCUCGAUGUGUGGAAUAACUCAUGUGUAA